AUGGAUUCUUUAGAAGAUGAAAAUGUAAGAACAAAAUAUAUUAUAGUAACAGGUGGUAAUAUGAGUGGGUUAGGAAAAGGAACAGCGAUGAGUAGUAUGGGUGUAUUGCUAUUGACAAAAAAUAUUUUAUUAACAACAAUAAAAAUAGAUCCUUAUUUAAAUAUAGAUGCAGGAACUAUGUCCCCAUAUGAACAUGGAGAAGUUUAUGUAUUGGAAGAUGGAGGUGAAGUAGAUCUAGAUUUAGGUAAUUAUGAAAGAUUCUUGAAUAUUAAAUUAUCAUAUAAAAAUAAUAUAACUUCAGGAAAGAUAUAUGAAGAAGUUAUAAAAAAAGAAAGAAAAGGGGAAUAUUUAGGAAAAACUGUUCAAGUAGUACCUCAUUUAACAGAUGCUAUACAGAAAUGGAUAAAAGAAGUUAUUGAUGAAAAUAUAAAAAAAAUGAAAAAAGAAUACAAUAUUGAUUCUUUUAGUAAAGUACCAUGUAUAUGCUUAAUAGAAGUAGGAGGAACUGUUGGUGAUAUUGAAUCAGCUGUAUAUUUGGAAGCAUUACAGCAGUUAAUAAAUAAUCUUAAUUCGGAUGAUGUUUGUUUAUGCCAUUUAUCAUAUGUUCCAAUUAUUGGAAACUUAAGAGAACAAAAAACGAAACCAACACAACAUAGUGUUAAAAUUUUAAGGGAAGCAGGAUUAAAACCAGAUUUCAUUUUUUGUAGGUGUGAAGAGCCAUUAACGAAAGAAGCUAUUCAAAAAGUUUCUUUAUUUUCACAAGUUAAAAAUGAACAUGUUAUAUCACUGCAUGAUACUUCAAAUGUAUAUAAAGUUCCUUUAAUAUUAGAACAGCAAAAUUUUAGUAAUAAUGUUUUAAAAAAAUUAAAUUUGCAAAACAUUGUUUUAAAAAACAAGUUAAAUAUUUCUCCUUACUCUUUUAAUACAUGGAAAUUACUUGCAAAUAGAUAUGAAAAUUCAAAUGAAACUGUUGUUAUUGGUAUCGUUGGAAAAUAUACUGGUUCAAAUGAUACUUAUUUAUCUAUUAUAUCUUCUCUUGUUCAUGCUUGCUUGGAAUGUGGAUACAAAUUAAUUAUUAAAUAUAUCAAUAGUAGCCAUUUAUCACUAAAAAAAAAAAAAAAAAAAAAAAAAAAUAUGGAUAUUAAUAAUAAUGUAAAUAAAUAUUCCUAUGAUAUUUCUUUAGAUAAUAGUAAUACUCAGAAAAAUACUUUUGUUGAUGAUACUACAUCAGAAGAAGAUUAUGAAGAAAAAAGAAAAAAAAAAUAUGAAAAUGCAUGGAAUACUUUAAAGUCAGUUGAUGGUGUUUUAGUUCCUGGAGGUUUUGGAACAAGAGGAAUUGAAGGAAAAUAUUUAUCAUCAAAAUAUUGUCGCCUACAUAAUGUACCUUAUCUAGGUAUUUGCUUAGGUAUGCAAACUGCUGUUAUUGAUAUGACAAGAGAAUUUUUAAAUAAAAAUGCAAAUUCAGAAGAAUUUGAAGAUAUUAUUGAAGAGAAUAAUAAGGAUGAUAAUAUUAUAAAUAAAGAAAAAGAAGAAAAUAAAAAAGAUAACACUUGUUUAAAUAUUAAUACAAAGAAAUUAAAUAAUAACACAAUUAAUUUUACUAAAAAAAACGAUUUUCACAAAAAUAAUUAUAAUUCUGAUAAAAUUAAUAUUAACACUUUUAAUAAUUACCAGAAUAACAUAUCAGAGGAGAAUUCUUCAUAUAACAUAGAAAAUGAUAUAGAAAAUCAUUUAAACCAGGAUAAAAUAAAAAAUUCAAAUAUAAAAAGUGAAGAUAAAUAUAAGAAUAAUACUAAUGAUAAUGAAUUACUAAACUAUGAUAUUGAAACUGUAGAUAAUUUUUUACAAAAUCAUGAAUAUAUGAAUGAUGUUUCGAAGAAAUUAUUACAUCCAAAAUUAUUAGAAAAAAUUCAAUUAAUGAACAUUCAAGAUUAUUAUAAAAGUAUUUCAGAAAUUGAUAAUAAUAAUGUUAUAAUAUCUAUGACAGAAUUUAAAGGUGAUAAUAAUAAAGGGGGUUCUAUGCGUUUAGGAAUGAAAAAAUCUAAAAUAAUUGAUAAAGAAUCAUUAACCUACAAAUUAUAUGAUGAAGCAACUUAUAUAUAUGAAAGACAUAGACAUAGAUUUGAAAUUAAUCCUAAAUAUGUUCCUUUAUUAGAAGCAGUUGGAUUAAGUUUUGUAGCGAAAGAUAUCCAUAGUGUUAGAAUGGAAAUAUGUGAAAUUAAGAAUCUUGAUUUCUUUAUCGGAGUUCAAUUUCAUCCAGAAUUUACAUCAAGACCAUUUAAAGCUAACCCUAUAUUUUUAGCAUUUGUUUUAGCUUCAAAAAAAAAACUAAAAGAACGAUUAGACAAAUAUGAAAAUAAGUUAUACUCAGGAAUUUUUUACAAAACAUAA